AUGACUGAACAUAUUAAGUCGGGUAGUUUCUUGCGCCGCUCUGUGGCACGCGAAGGUGCAACCGAUGGACACUGCGGGGUCGCGAUACAAGCGGGAUGUCGUCGAGCGGGAGUUGCAUUUCAACGUUCAUAUUACACUCCAACAUACAAAAACCAUGCUUCGCUGGGUUCACUAUGCGAUGAGAAGGAACGUUCUCACCGCACAGGCAUGAAGGCGGUCAUAGGAUCGGCUAUGAUUUACGUUGUACUAGGAUUCCCAGCAGCGUUCUCUGGGAUAGGACUACAUAUCGCAUCGUACAUCAAGGUCAUAGGGAAGGAUGACGCCGUCAGCCAUAAAGGUAUCGCCGCUGUAUUCCUGCUGGCACUGGUACUCCAGAGCACAGCCGGGCUGCUGACGGAACCGGCCGUACAGCUAUUCAGCGAAAAAAUGUUGGCGAAGUGCGCGUGUCUAGGUGUCGCUAUGUGUGUUAUAUGUGCCGCUAUGUGUCUACACAGCUACAUCCUUUUCAUGCUGUGGUAUGGAAUGGGUGCCGGGUUCUGUUCGGGUCUGGUCAUGUGGCUGCCCGUGAAAUCGGUGAUCAGGAACAACCCUCACUGGCGUGGAUUCAGCUGUGGCCUAAUGUACGCACUAAUGGGCACUGUACUAUUGGUUAUGGGACCCAUCGAACUAGCAUAUCUCAGCCCAUGGUGGAUCACCGGGUCCAACAACAAACACGAUGGUCCUCGUCAAAGACAAACCGAACCUAACAACUGGUUAUACACUGAUAUGGGCGAGCUGCAUAGAACAAAGAAGGUAGUGCUGUGCCUUGGACUCCUUUACCUAGUACUGACGGCGCUAGGGAUACGCUGGGCGUUCCCAGAUGAUGGGAUGGACGACGCAGAAACAGAUACACCGCACGAUUCCGAAUACGUAGCGUUUGCUAUAAAGGAAAGACGUAAAGGGGGACAAGAUACACGACAACACGGUUGGCGUGAUCAACUGCAGUAA